GUGAAAUUAAUUAGCAUAGUAUAUUAUUUUUAUUUAAUUAGCAAGUUGCAACUAAAUCCAACUAACCAAUAGAGAAAUACUUGGCUUUUAUGAUAUAAAAUGGUGGAGACAUUCGAUCAAACCAGUUCGAAAUUUGGAUUUCAAUCACUGAUCAUCUCUAUCAAAAGUCUCACAUAGAUAUAUUAUCCCUUGUUCUAGAAUUAGAAAUUGUGUGUGAAUGGAACAUCUGUUGGGUCUUCUUAGAGUUCGAGUGGUGAGAGGGACGAACCUUGCUGUUCGAGAUAUCCGAAGCAGUGAUCCUUAUGUCGUCGUCAAAAUGGGCAAGCAGAAAUUAAAGACUCGUGUAGUGAAGAAGACUGUCAAUCCCGAGUGGAACGAAGACUUAACUCUUUCGGUUGCAGAUCCAAGCCUUCCUAUCAAACUUUUUGUGUAUGACAAAGACACGUUUAGUCUUGAUGACAAGAUGGGGGAUGCUGAGUUUGAGAUUGGUCCUUUUGUUCAAGCUUUACGUGUGGGUUUGCAAGGCGUACCAAGUGGAACCAUAAUUUCAAGAUUCCAACCAAGCCGGCAAAACUGUCUAGCUGAAGAGAGCUGCAUCGUCUGUACUGAUGGCCAAGUUGUCCAGAAUAUGUGUAUCAGGCUGAGAAAUGUGGAGAGUGGGGAACUGGAGCUCCAAUUACAGUGGAUUGAUGUUCCUGGCUCUAGGGGUUUGUAGAUUAUGUGAUUUUGUGUACAAUUUUUGUGAAAUUAAUCCCAUGAUUUUGCAUUAUUGUAUGCAUUUAGAGCAUUGUAACGCCAAAACCUCUGAGAGAGUGUAUCCUCCACUUCAUUGCUGUAAACACCAUUGCUUGAAAAUCAAACAUACAAGAAAAUGCAUACACAACAUA